UCUCUCCUCCUUUCUCUUUCUAAUUUCCUUCUCUUUACCAGCGCCUUCUUUCUCUCUCUCUCUACAUCCCUCUCAUCUACUCCUCCUCCACCAAACCCUAACCCGGCGUCGCUCCUUCUCCUCCUCCUCCUCCCGAAACCGCGGCCGCGCACGGCGGCGGCGGCCCCUAAAACCCUAAAUCGGCCGCGAGAGACGGGCGGCUCCGGCGGGCCAUGGAUUCCCAGCAGAACAGCCUCUUCGAGACGGCGUCGCAGCCCGACGCCGGCAAUGACGCCUACACCUUCUACGAAUUCAACACCCAGGGCGACGGCGAUUUCGAUUACCCCGAGUUCCGCGACCCGAUGCGGUCCGCGUGGCCCACCCCGUCCGACUCCAUCGCCGCCGACCCCACCGCCGGCGGCCCCUCCUCCGCCGAUCAGCAGUCCGACAAUUCCCCCGUAUCCGCCGCGCCCGGCGGCGCCACGAAGAGCCGCCGCGGCGGGGGCGGAGGCUCGGGGAGCAGCAGCGGAGGGGGCGGGAAUCAGACGGUGGAUGCCCUAGCCGCCGGGAUGAGCGGGUUGAAUUUCGAGGAUACGGUCGAUGACGAUAGUUAUGAGUACGGGAAGGGCGAUUUCAUGGAGCACGCGUGUCGGUACUGCGGGGUUUCGAACCCUGCGUGUGUGGUAAGGUGUAACGUACCGUCGUGCCGGAAAUGGUUCUGCAAUUCGAGGGGAAACACAUCCGGGUCACAUAUUGUCAAUCACCUGGUCAGAGCAAAGCACAAAGAAGUUUGCCUUCAUAAGGACAGUCCUUUGGGGGAAACCAUUCUUGAAUGCUAUAAUUGUGGAUGCCGUAAUGUUUUCCUUCUUGGAUUCAUUUCUGCCAAAACUGAAAGUGUUGUUGUUCUACUGUGUCGGGAGCCCUGCUUGAGCGUCAAUGCUUUGAAGGACAUGAACUGGGACCUGAGUCAGUGGUGUCCUUUGAUUGAUGACAGAUGCUUCUUGCAGUGGCUUGUUAAGGUCCCAUCAGAACAGGAGCAGUUGAGGGCACGCCAGAUCAGCGCACAACAAAUAAACAAGAUAGAAGAACUGUGGAAGACGAAUCCUGAUGCUUCCCUUGAGGAUCUUGAGAAGCCUGGUGUGGAUGAUGAGCCUCAGCCUGUGGCACUGAAGUAUGAAGAUGCAUAUCAGUAUCAAAAUGUUUUUGCUCCACUCAUCAAGCUUGAAGCUGAUUAUGAUAAAAUGAUGAAAGAAUCUCAGAGCAAGGACAAUGUCACUAUUCGAUGGGAUAUUGGUCUGAACAAGAAGCGCAUUGCAUAUUUUAUUUUCCCUAAGGAAGACAAUGAGUUGAGACUAGUACCAGGUGAUGAGUUGAGGCUCCGCUAUUCAGGAGAUGCUGCUCAUCCAGCGUGGCAAUCUGUGGGGCAUGUGAUUAAGCUAACUGCACAAGAAGAGGUUGCUUUGGAGCUUCGUGCCAGUCAGGGCGUUCCAGUUGAUGUCAAUCACGGUUUGAGUGUUGACUUUGUGUGGAAGAGUACAAGCUUUGACAGAAUGCAGGGAGCAAUGAAGACAUUUGCUGUGGAUGAAACAAGUGUCAGUGGGUAUAUCUAUCACCACUUGUUGGGCCAUGAGGUUGAGCUUCAAAUGGUCCGGAAUACGUUGCCUCGUCGAUUUGGUGCACCUGGACUUCCUGAGCUCAAUGCAUCUCAGGUUUUUGCUGUGAAGAGCGUUCUCCAGAAGCCCAUAAGUUUGAUUCAGGGUCCUCCUGGCACAGGCAAAACUGUUACUUCAGCGGCGAUAGUUUAUCACAUGGCUAAACAAGGACAGGGGCAAGUUCUGGUCUGUGCUCCAAGUAAUGUUGCUGUGGACCAGCUUGCUGAAAAGAUAAGUGCAACUGGAUUGAAGGUUGUUAGGCUUUGUGCAAAAUCCAGGGAAGCUGUCAGUUCCCCUGUUGAGCAUUUGACCCUCCAUUAUCAGGUUCGACAUCUUGACACUUCUGAAAAGAGCGAGCUUCACAAAUUACAACAGUUGAAGGAUGAGCAAGGGGAACUGUCAAGUAGUGAUGAAAAGAAGUACAAAGCUCUAAAACGUGCCACCGAGCGAGAGAUUUCUCAGAGUGCUGAUGUCAUUUGUUGCACGUGUGUCGGUGCUGGAGAUCCUCGAUUAGCAAAUUUUCGCUUUCGGCAGGUUCUAAUAGAUGAGUCAACUCAGGCUACAGAACCUGAAUGUCUGAUCCCCCUGGUUCUCGGUGCCAAACAGGUAGUGCUAGUUGGUGAUCACUGUCAGCUUGGUCCUGUCAUUAUGUGCAAGAAAGCUGCUCGAGCUGGACUGGCUCAAUCGUUAUUUGAACGUCUUGUUCUUCUUGGGGUAAAACCAAUCAGGCUGCAGGUUCAAUAUCGUAUGCAUCCAUCUCUGUCUGAAUUCCCAUCAAAUAGCUUCUAUGAAGGUACACUGCAAAAUGGAGUUACAAUCAAUGAACGGCAGUCUACAGGCAUUGAUUUUCCUUGGCCUGUGCCAAACCGCCCCAUGUUUUUCUAUGUCCAGAUGGGACAAGAGGAGAUAAGUGCCAGUGGAACAUCUUAUCUUAAUAGGACUGAAGCUGCAAAUGUUGAGAAAAUUGUAACAACUUUCUUAAGAAGCGGAGUAGUCCCCAGCCAGAUUGGAGUGAUAACACCAUAUGAAGGACAAAGGGCCUAUAUUGUCAACUAUAUGGCAAGAAAUGGUGCUUUGAGACAGCAACUCUACAAGGAAAUUGAGGUUGCUAGUGUAGAUUCAUUUCAAGGAAGGGAAAAGGAUUACAUCAUUUUGUCUUGUGUACGCAGUAAUGAACACCAGGGAAUUGGAUUUCUGAAUGAUCCUCGCAGGCUCAAUGUUGCUUUAACACGUGCUCGAUAUGGAAUUGUUAUCCUUGGAAACCCUAAAGUUCUAAGCAAACAGCCUCUGUGGAAUAGUUUAUUGACUCACUACAAGGAACAUGAAUGCUUGGUUGAAGGACCUUUGAAUAACUUGAAACAGAGCAUGGUUCAGUUUCAAAAACCGAAAAAGAUCUACAAUGAUCGGAGACUGUUCUUUGGUGGAGGACCUGGGAUUAUGCCACAUGAUGGUUUUGGUCCCAUUGCAUCCUCUAGUCCAAAUGCUGAUAGGAGAAGCAGCCGUGCCCGAGGUUCUUAUGUGCCACCUGGCCCACCAAAUGGCACUCACAAGACAGGAGUGCAUCCAGCUGGAUUUCCAAUGCCUAGAGCCCCCAUCCAUCCAUUUCCUGGUGCUCCCCCUUCUCAGCCAUAUGCUAUACCAACUCGAGGAGCUGUUCAUGGACCUGUUGGAGGCGUUCCUCAUGGCCCUCCACCUGGAAGUCGUGGUUUUGGGGCUGGACGUGGCGGUGCUGCUCCUAUUGGCAGUCAUCUACCGCACCAGCAAGGGACACAGCAAACUAUUGGUGGUUCUAAUUUCAACUUUCCUCCUCUGGAGAAUGCAAAUAGCCAGCCAUCUGCGGGUGGCCAACUGUCUCAACCUGGAUUUGUCAAUAACCUACAAACACAGGGAUCUGGCCAAGCUUUCCGUGAUGGUUUCUCCAUGGGGGGCAUGUCACAAGAUUUCUUGGGUGAUGACUUCAAGAGCCAGGGAUCACAUGUUCCCUACAAUAUGGCUGAUUUUUCUACACAGGCUUCUCAAAGUGGGUAUGCUGUUGAUUAUAUGACACAAGGUGGACAAGGUGGCUUCCCUGGGAAUUUCCUAAAUCAGAAUACUCAAAAUAUGUAUUCUCGUUUUGGCAGUGGAAAUGAUUUUAUGUCUCAGGAUUACAUGACUCAUGGAUCACAAGCUCUAUUUACUCAAGUGGGUUUUAGUGAACCCUCACAAGAUGAUCCAUCGCAAAGCCACUUCGGGAUGAGCAGCCAACUGCAGACUCAGGGCUUGAUGAAUUCUCUUUAUUCUCAGCCUUUUACACAAUAUGGCAUGCAACCUCUGAACCUGCAAUCUUCUCAACAGCCGCAAUCUCAGCAAGGUCAGGGCUCACAGAAUCAGAAGAUUCACUAUGCUGGUUAAGGGUUGAAGUGUGGCUAUAGCUGUGAUGGGUCAUACUCCUUUUGCAUUCAGCAGCUUGGUCUGUGCUAUUCUGUCUGCGUAAAAAAUAUUGGCUUGAAGAAUGGGGAAGCAGAAAGUUGUUUUUUGAGGCCCAUCGGAUCCUCUUGGUGAUGAGGUUCGAUGGAUCUUGAAUUGUGGAAAUAAAGAGGUAAUUUGAGGAUAUAAGUGGUUAUUAGCCAUGACGCAGACACAGCAGCACAUAUUCACGGCUGAGAAAGAAAGGAUAGCCCCAGUAAACUGCUUUUAUCCUUGCUCUCAAGAAAGUGCGACUUUUUGAGAGAUACAGAGAAUUUUACAUGGAUGGUUUUGUCGAAAGGGUUUCCGAGGCUUUAAAAGAAAUGAAGCCACUCAUCUUGUGGGUAAACAACAUGACACACAGGGAAGCAAUGCCAGCCAGAGAUUUUGUACAGCACUGCCAGGAAAGUCGCCGGACCCUUUUAGCUUCUCCUGACAUGUAAUCAUACUCUCUAGACAAGUAAACAAGACGAAGAUAGGUGAUAGAUUGAGUGUGCCAAGAAUAGUCUAAUGAUUUGUGCUGGUGAUUUGUUAGUGUUAUGGGUUCCUUGAUCAUGCCCGCUCGGUAUGCUAUGCUUUAUUAGAUUGGAGACGGGCGAAUUUUACUUUUUGGUCAUAGGGAACGGGUGAUUGGUUGACUGGAAUUUGGCCGUACUUUUUUUACGUUGUAUUUGUGGAGUUGUGAAUGGGUGCUUGAGUUGUUUCUUGCGUUUUUGGCACAGGGACCAAUGGGCAUGGUAGACGAGUGGAAAUAAUUUUAAUUC